CUAGCCUCCUUUUCUCCCCUGCAGAGUCCUAUGUUGCAAAAGCUCCCGGGCCAUACAGCUGCACACCUUGGGAUGGGACAGGAGCCCCUAAGCCUGCGCACCUAGGGAUGGGACUCCUGCCUUAUCCCGUCCUUCUAGGCCAGGGAGCCCUAAGCCAGGUUAUGCCCCAGAAUCAUCCGCAGGCAGCUCCAGGAUGCGAGCCCUGCGCGCUCCGCCAGGGGACGCUGGGACGCUGUGAGCUGCUUCCGGUGCCGGUGUGGAAGAAGGAGACGUGCAGGGCGUGACCCGGAAGUUGACGGUGGGUUCCGCCCCUCGCGCUGGGGUGGCAGGCUCGGACCGGCCGGCGGAGCUGCAGCCUCACUUAGCGCCCUCCUCGUCGACAUCAUGCUCCAGUUCCUGCUUGGAUUUACUUUGGGCAACGUGGUUGGAAUGUAUCUGGCUCAGAACUAUGACGUACCAAACCUGGCUAAAAAAUUUGAAGAAAUAAAAAAGGACUUGGAUGCCAAGAAGAAACCUCCUAGUUCAUGAGGCCGACUCCAGGACUGCCUUCUGGACACACAGAGUCUCCUGCUCUCGAGGGCCUCCUUUACCUUCUGAACCAAAAGCCUUUGUUUUCAUCUCUAGCCUCGUGAUUUUCUUCUUUGCUAGACCCCGUGUUACCAUAGAGCAAAAAUGGGGCCCCAGAUUAAGAAACUACCCUUACGUGUCCAACAUCCUCACCUCCUCCCAUAUCCUCCUUCCAGCUACAUGGGACGUUCUAGGACUGGAAUUAUGGUGCUCGAUUAGUAAACAUGACCUUUAAUGAGUAGUCUCUUCCUUA